AUGUUAAAGGUGAACCAGAGUUUGUUCAAGUUGACCUUUACUUAUCCAUGUUUGAUGCACGCUUCCCUAGCAGUGGCACUAACGUAUGAUCGCUACCUGAACACAACAACAGGUUCGCGUCGAAGUCUAGAAGAGUGCUACCACUGGUCCCAAAGCACAGCCCUCUUCAACGACAAACUCCGACGGCCCGUCAAGACGAAAGACAAAGACCCGAUCUGGGGUACCGCUGCUGCCUUGGCUGUCCUAACGUUCUCAUCGCCCGACGCAUACAGGCCGGAGGAUUCAUGGCCCAUGAAGUCCUCUGGCAACGAUGACUUGGAGUGGGUGACCAUGAUCAACGGCAAGAUGUCACUAUGGCAGCUGGUCGAGCCAAUGCGAGUGGAUAGUCUAUUCCAUGUUAUGGGAGUGACGUUUGAUCAAAUGCUGUCACCGUUGCCCGAAGUUGGGACACGCGGUAUACCAGAGCCAAUCAUCGAGAUCUGUCUUCUACACGACCUUUCUACAGCGGAUGAGAACCCUUACUUCUAUGCAGCGCACGCUGUGUCGCAUGUGCUCAACCUACCUGAUAGCGAAGUCACAACAGGGCAUACGCAGUUGUUCACGCAUAGACUCGGCGGUGCUUACAAGGCACUACUACUCAAACGAGAUCCCGUGGCUCUAUUGCUACUGUAUCUGUGGUAUCGCAAGGCAGGGCGGAGCAUCUGGUGGAUCGAACUGAGGGCGAGAGUGGAGUGUCCGGCUAUCAGGAUGAUCAUGCUGGAGGAACAGGAUAUGGAAGAGCUCAAUCACGGUGUUGGAGAGGAGCGCAUAUGGUCCUACGUCAAUGCGACAAUCCACAACACGAAGGUAUGCGAACACCAGCCUAGUGACGAGACGGCGACCUGGAAAGGCGACGGGCGACGUGCGAUGGAGCUGGGUACAGACGAUGCCAUCGUCGCAACAUUUGGGGGGCCACCAGAGAGCGGAGGCUAG